AUGGCCAAGUCAAAAUCGCUUCCCCGUCGGCGAAGCAUUUUGAAUUUGUUUUCCAAAACGGGAAUCACCCUUCAGGUAUUGCUGAUGGUGGCUUUGAGCUUGAUUCUGGUGGAGAUGGCCCAGACAGAGCAGAUCAGACUGGACUCUUCUAAGCUCACAUCCAAGUUCUUCACCUUGGAAUCGGACCCGGAGUGCAGGUUCCGUCCAUUCAAUAUCGAGUCCAUGGUCGCAGUGGUAGCGCUGAACGUGGCAUUCACCAUUAUACUAUGUUAA